UCAUGGGGCAGGGGAUGGAGUUCAGAUUCUUCAGUUAACUGUCACCUUGUCUCCUCCCCCCUCACCACACACACCAGCUAGGACAGGGAAGCUCCUUGAAGCUCCGUCAGAGACCCAAGGCCAUCAGUUGACAGACAUUGCUGUGUCCUUGACCCCAUGGACCCGCUGAGGCAGUCCACCUCCCCCUGCUCGUCAAGACCCUCCAGCCCCAAGACCCCACCCUGCGAGAUGCUUGGUUAUGUGGGCAUUGAGGCCGUGCUGGACCAACUGAAGAUCAAGGCCAUGAAGAUGGGGUUUGAGUUCAACAUCAUGGUGGUGGGGCAGAGCGGGCUGGGCAAGUCCACAAUGUUGAACACCCUUUUCAAGUCCAAGUUGUGGAAGUGCACCCUGCCGGGCCUGGCGAUGCCCACACCCCAGACGCUGCAGCUGAAGUCAGUGACCCAUGUCAUCGAGGAGAAGGGUGUGAAGCUCAAGCUGACAGUGACUGACACGCCUGGCUUUGGAGACCAGAUCAACAAUGACAAAUGCUGGAACCCCAUCCUGGGCUACAUUAAUGAACAGUACGAGCGGUACCUGCAGGAGGAGAUCCUCAUCACCCGCCAGCGCCACAUCCCCGACACGCGGGUGCACUGCUGUGUGUACUUCGUGCCGCCUACUGGGCACUGCCUGCGGCCUCUGGACAUUGAGUUCCUACAGCGGCUGUGCCGGACCGUGAACGUGGUGCCUGUGAUUGCCCGGGCCGACAGCCUGACCCUUGAGGAGCGAGAGGCCUUCAGGCGCAGGAUCCAGCACAACCUGAGGACUCACUGCAUCGAGGUGUACCCACAGAAAUGCUUUGACGAGGAUAUCAAUGACAGGAUCCUCAACAGCAAGAUUCGGGACCGGAUCCCCUUUGCUGUGGUCGGGGCUGACCGACAGCACCUGGUGAACGGGAGGUGUGUCCUGGGCCGGAAGACCAAGUGGGGCAUCAUUGAAGGGCAAGGCAGGUGGACAGGGCCAGCGGUCUGGUUGUGUCUUGCAGUGGAGAACAUGGCGCACUGUGAGUUUCCUCUGCUGAGAGACCUGCUCAUCUGCUCCCACCUCCAAGACCUGAAGGACAUCACCCACAACGUCCACUACGAGAACUAUCGAGUUUGCAGACUCAACGAGAGCCACGUGCUGCCUCAUGGGCCCUGCUGGGUGAACCUGGCCCCGACCCCACCAGGGCCCUCUGUCGCUCCCGGGCCCUCCAAGGUGUGCACGCAGGCACGCGAGGACUCUGACGACAACGAAGAUGACUACUGAGCACGGGGGCGGGGGCGGGGCACCCGGCAGCCCCCAGCACGGGACUGUGUAGGAGAGGGUGUAUUAAAGGCGGACGUUGCUUUUAAUGAAAAGCUGUGCUUUGAAAACAAAAGGCGUUUUGUGAAUGAGUUCUUUGAGCUAUCCUCAAAAUAAAGUACGGUUCUUUUAAAAAUAA